AAUUGGAAGGAUCGAUCAGCCACCAAUGGGAACAGAGAAAUAGGUCACAUGUUCAGAAAGCCUGGUGGAAGUAAUUUCACGGCUGAGCUUUUGACGACUCCAUUAUGCCAGAAAUAAGAAUAAGGGCGGAUAAUAAGGAUGACGAUACAUGGAUACGUGCUAUGGAUAUUGAUGGUUAUCGUAUAACUAAUUCUAAGAUGGAAGAUCACGAAAAACACUUUCGUUCAAUGACAGGCUGGAAAGCAAGAAAUGAUGACGUCAUUAUAAGCGCUUAUCCCAAAUCAGGAUCACAUUGGUUAUGGGAAGUCGUAAGUAUGCUGGCCCGGCGAAAAGCCGAGCGUAUUCCGGAAAUCAAACAAACGACAAUGAUGGAAGGAAUCACCGAACAAACAUUCGAGAGUCUUCCUUCCUCUAGGAUCUUGAAUACGCAUGUGUAUUUCCAGUAUCUGCCCAAAGAUUUUUUUGACAAAAAAUGUAAAAUUGUGUACAUCAUUCGUAAUCCUAAGGACAUCGCUGUGUCGUUUUACAACCAUCACAAAAAACUUCUGGAGUACGAGUUUGAUGGACCAUGGGAUAAUUACUUACAACGAUUCAUUCAAGGAAAAGUGGACUAUGGGUCUUGGUUUGACUACACUCUGGAAAUGGAGAGAUUUAAGGAGAGUCACCCGGAUUAUCCUAUUCACGUGAUUUACUACGAAGACAUGAAAGAGGACAGCAAUAUGGAAAUCACAAAGCUGGCCCGGUUUUUGGGGACUGAAGUUAGUGAUGAGUUAAUUCAGAAUAUCGACAGUCUCUGUCAAUUUGAUGCAAUGAAAAAGGAUAAGAAUGCAGUGAAAGAUGUAACAGAGUGGAGGGAUAAUAAUCCUUCCGGGAUGUACAGAAAAGGUCAAGUUGGUGACUGGAAAAACUGGUUCACUGUCGCCCAAAGUGACAUGUUUGACUCUAUCUACCAGCAGAAAAUGGCCAAAUCAAAGACAAAGAUUAGAUUUUGUAUUUAGAUGCAUUCUUUCAUUUCAGCUGCAAUUUUUUUUUUGCAGAUUCUAGGUAGAAGAAAUGCAUUUUACAUAGGGCCUAAUUUAUGAAUCCUUAAUUUGAUGAUUUAUCUCUGAGCAAAUCUCAUAGAUAAAUAUCUUAAAUAUAUGGGUUUUUCGUACGAUGGUUAUCGUUGCAACCUCCAUUUUUAAUAGAAGUAUGAAUCUAUGCUGAUGAUUAAGAUUUAUUAUUUUUCAAUUAUAAUAUUUUGAUAUAUUUCAUUUAUUUCAACACAAAACACUAUUUACCCAAUAAAAGGAACACAUUUUGUAAUGAUUAUAUAACUGGGUUGGAUUUAUUUUUAAAGUGUACUAAUUAUGUUAAAUUAGAUUUUUAUCUGUUACUCAAGUGGAAUUUCGUAUAUAUUUAGAGAAUAUUCAGACGACAUGCAGUUAGAAAUCAAAGACAUAUAAACAAUAAUUGGAACAAAGCUUAUAACAAAUAUAUUUGGUAUAUGAAUGUUUUAAAAUCGUGAUUUGAAUAAAAAUUCUUAAUUCGCCUUUUAUGAUUUAAAUAGUUUGAAUGUUGGUUUUUCAAGGUUCUAUUAUUUCGCAUUCUAAAUAUAACAUGUCCAAAAAACAACAUGUGAUUUUAUAAUGUGCUUCAUAUUGGGAUUUUCCCUCAAUUUCUUAGGAAAACUUUUUAAAAAAGAAUUUGUUGUCAAUCCCGAUUUUUUUUUUUGGAACUGUAGUGAAUUUUUUCUUUUAAUCAGUAAAAUAUCAACACUUUAUUGUUAAAGAAUCUGAACCAGCAUCUUUCUGAUGUAAUACCUUACCAUGUUCUAUACUUACUGGUGGACGGUCAUCGUAACGAAUGAAAUACUUGGAUGUAUAGAGCGCAGGAUGCCCCAAGGUUAUCUUAUACUUGUUUAACAUUUGUUGAAAAUAAAAUU